UAUCUAACAAAUGGAUAUCUGGACACAGUUAUAGACUGGAUUCCAGGUAUGGGAGACAUUCGACUAAGGGAUCUUCCAAGCUUUCUUCGAACCACAGAUUCAAAUGAUGUUUUCUUCAAAUAUGUUAGUGAACCAGCAGAGAUAGCUCCCAAAGCUUCAGCAAUCGUUAUUCACAUAUUUGAUGCGUUAGAGCAACAAGUUUUGGAUGCUUUCUCCCUCAUGUUUCCUCGUGUAUACGCCAUUGGCCCUCUCCAACUACUGCUCAAUCACUCACAUAAUGAUCAUGACCCUAUGAAAUCAAUUGAGUAUAAUUUAUUGAAAGAAGAAACAGAGUGCCUCCAUUGGGUUAACUCCAAGCCACCCAACUCAGUAGUGUAUGUGAAUUUUGGCAGCUUAAUUGUCAUGACACCACAGCAGCUGGCUGAGUUUGGAUGGGGACUUGCAAAUAGCAAGCAUCCAUUUUUGUGGAUAAUUAGGCCUGAUUUAGUAGUUGGUGAAUUGGCGAUUUUGCCGCCGGAGAUUAUAGUAGAAACAAAAGAAAGGGGUCUAAUAGCUGGCUGGUGCCCUCAAGAGGAAGUUUUGAACCACCCCUCAAUUGGAGGGUUCUUGACUCACUGUGGGUGGAAUUCAACCGUUGAAAGUUUGACCGCAGGAGUGCCGAUGCUUUGCUGUCCAUUCUUUUCGGAUCAACAAACAAACUGUAAGUAUACUUGCGAUGAUUGGGGCAUUGGCAUGGAGAUUGAUAACAAUGUUAAGAGAGAGGAAGUGGAGAAGAUUAGAGAGUUGUUGGAGGGAGAAAAAGGAGAGAAAAUGAAGAAAAGGGUCAUGGAGUGGAAGAAAUUGGCUGAGGAGGCCACUGCUCCACAUGGUUCUUCAUCCAUCAACCUAAACAAUUUGGUGAACCAAGUGCUUUUAUCAAAAGGCUACAUGCAUGUUUAAGAAGGAAGUGAAAGUACAAUAAUAAAGUGUGCAUAUAUGGUGAUA